UGAUUCUUUACUGAAUUAACCUUCGGCAGAAUUCCAAGGGUGCGCUGGGUGUGAAGUGUUGGGGAGAAAAGUGAAAAAAAAUCAGAAAAUUGUUCUAAAAUUCUUGAAAACAUGGAAAAUAAGGGUGAUUAUAAGUCAAAUGAAGAACAAACGAAAUGGCAAAGUUUCAAAAAAACGGUAUGGGAUUCCGAGACCAAGCAGUGUUUCGGCCGAACUGGUCUAAGUUGGUUCAAAAUUACUCUCUUCUAUAUAAUCUUUUAUGCUUGCUUGGCGGCAUUCUGGACAUGUAUGCUGGUGAUAUUUUAUCAAACAUUAGAAAAUGAUCAACCUAAAUGGAAAUUAGAUAGCAGUAGAAUUGGCUCUAGUCCUGGGCUUGGUUUCCGUCCCUCCCCUCCACCAGAAAAUAUGGACAGCACAUUAAUUUGGUUUAAUGUUUCACGAGAGGAUACUGUUAAAUAUUGGGUAGAAAAUCUCAAUGCUUAUCUCAAGCCAUAUGAAGAUCACAAAACUGGUCCUACUAUCCAAUCUUGUACCAAAGAACAACCAGCUUCUAAAGAUCGUGUAUGCAGGUUUGAAGUCCCUAAAGGUACUGAUAACAUAUGCUCUCCUGAGAUGAAGUAUGGCUUUGAAGCUGGCAAACCCUGUGUUCUCAUUAAAUUAAACCGGAUCUAUGAUUGGGUCCCAGAAAACUAUGAAACAGCACCUGAAGAAUUGACAAAACAAUUAAAAAAGCCUUUUGAAAGAGAUGAAGUGUAUAUAACUUGUAUAGGAGAGAAUUCUGCAGAUAAAGACAAUAUAGGAGAGGUGACUUAUUUCCCACAGCAGGGCAUUCCUUCAGAGUAUUUCCCUUUCACCAAUCAGCAUGGCUAUCAAUCACCUUUUGUGUUUGCCCAUUUUGGUAAUAUAACUCGAGGCGUACUUGUUAAUGUCGAAUGCAGAGCCUGGGCAAAAAACAUCAAUUUUGAUCGUGGAGACCGUCUCGGAAGUGUACACUUUGAACUGCUAGUCGAUUGAAAUUUUUGCAUAUAGCGUACCACGUGCAGUUGCUGCAUUUAUUUUGAGAACUUUAGUGAAUUGUACUUGAACCUGUCAUCAUCAAUAAUACUCUAUUAUACACUUCACGUUUGCCCGAUAUCUUUUAGGUUUUUAGGUAAUGGACUUCUUUUUAAAAAGAAUUAGUACCUUUGAAAUUGCAUUUCCCUCAUUUCAUCCAUUUUUUUUUCAUUGUUUUAAUUGGUUGUAUUUUAAUAUUCUACAAUGCUAUGUGUCUAUUUUGUGUUAUAACAUCUGUGUCUAUUUAAAACUUAUCAUUUUUUACUCCUAAUCCCGAAACCUUUACUUAAAAGUACCUUUAAUUAUUCUGUAGCACUUUGAACUGUUUUUUACCGAUUAUUUUUUAAUUUGUAAUAGUUUUUAGUAUUGUUGUAACAUAUCUCAAAAUGUCCCUUUUACUGUGCACAUGUAUUUAUAAAAACUGAGGUAUCAAAUGCGUGGUACGCUGAUAAAUGUAAUGAAUUUGAUCGCUCAUUCUCUCCCUGUUUUUAUCACUUUUAGUUUUUUUUAUUGUUGGUAGGUACAUUAUAGUAUAUUAAGAAACAUGUUGCUGCUGUUAUCUUCCCUUCUUAAAUGUGCCAUCAAGAAAUAAAAAAGCACAAAAUAUAAGUUUUAAUUAUAUGCUGGUGUAAUGAUAGAAUUUAUGAAUGUAUGUUUUGAAAGAAUUUCAAUGUUUGAAAUUUUUAUAGAGAAGAAUCUAAACAUUUAUAUAUCAUAUAUAACAUGCCAAAAAUUACCAAACAUAUUCUACUAGUUACCUGUGUGUUUUUCAAUUUUCUUUUUACUUCUGAAAAUUUUUAGUUUUAUACAUUUUUCUUCAAAAUUUUUAUUCCCUUUUGAAAAGAAAAUUACUUGUUAUAAAAUAUGAAUGUUCAGUUUAUCUAGUUUUAUUUCUUAAAUUUUUUUGGAAAUCUAAGAAUUAUUUUAAAAAAAUCUGU